UCAUUGGAGACGUUGGGAGCACAGGCAGGCAUCUGUCUGGAAUCGAGGCGUUUACCUGGAAUGCACCUGAAACCUUGUUUGGCCAAAUCUGGAUUGUUAACGGAUUUAGUCGACGGCAAAACGAAUGAAAAGCUGAUUUUAAUUGAAUAUUUGCGACUUUUCUUUUAACUUAAUGCAUUGUUCGAGUUUUUGCAACAAAAUACGAGUAGUGGAAGAAAAGUAAAUUUCACGGUUAAUGUAAAAUAAAAAAGGAUUUUCGUACCAAAGGUUUUAGAGCUACGUGUGAGUUGUUUUGAAAGCAAGUUGAACCCUAUUUUGUUCCGAAAGAGUUGAAAAAUGUCGCCAAAAUGUGCUUUCGUUGCAGUUUUUUGGUGCCUAACAGGUAUGUUGGCUUCCCACGCCCAACAAUGUGGCAGAGCUCCGUUGAUUGAGAACAGAAUAGUUGGAGGGAAGGACGCCACGGAGGGGGCUUGGCCGUGGCAGGUGGAUGUAUCAUUACAGACACCCACGAAUCGUCAUAUCUGCGGAGGCUCUCUCAUCACAAGGAACUGGGUCCUAUCUGCUGCUCACUGUUUCCCCAAUCCAUCAGACGUGGGCUCGUACGCGAUCUAUGCCGGCCGGUACCAGCUGAACGGCUAUAAUUUUUAUGAGUCGUCACAUUCUGUGAGACGGGUUGUGAUUCCAUAUGGUUACGUGGAGCCUCACAGUGGAAAGGAUUUGGCACUGGUGGAGCUGUCCACCCCAGUCACCUGGUCAGAUCAGAUCCAACCUGUGUGCUUGCCGUCCUCUGGCACCCUGUUCCCAGGUGGUAUGCCGUGCUACGCCACCGGCUGGGGGAACGUUCGGGAUGAAGUCCCUCUGGGUGGCAUUGGAACUCUGCAGGAGGUGCAGGUGCCGAUAAUCUCCCAGAGUUCAUGUCAGGAAAUGUACCGGAUGCACCCGACAGAGCGCGUGGACAUUCAACACGACAUGAUCUGUGCUGGAUUCCAGGAGGGUGGCAAAGACUCCUGCCAGGGGGAUUCAGGAGGGCCACUGGUCUGCCAGAUGGUGAAUGGGACCUGGGUACAAGCCGGGGUUGUGAGCUUCGGACUGGGCUGUGCUCAUGCAAACCAGCCAGGUGUGUACGCCAGGGUGACCAGCUACUCCAGCUUCAUCACCGACACUGUACAAGACAUCCAGCUGUACGGCCGAGCGGAUCAGAACUGGUGCGGGAGAGUUGUCGUGUUCGUCAGCUGUCUGUCCACUCUACUGAUCCAGCUCCAGAGAUGAGACGAUUUGAAAGCUGGAUCUCUGGGAGGUAGAUCACGCACCGGGCCAAAUGAAGGAGCAUAUUAAUUAUAUGUUUGACUUAAGUCAAAAGUUUCCCCUGAAUGGUAAAACUCAUAAAACUGCCAGACAUGCACAUGGAGCCAUAAUGAACACAAACGGAAAUGAUUUUUAGUUUUAGAACUUAAACUACACAUUAUGAUCUUUGAUUCAAAGUAGCUUUGAUAGGUUUUGUAUUUUGAAUCAGAUUGAGUCAAAUAAAUUAUGUGUUCUGUAUUUGAAAUAAAUUGUUAAUUUGAUUUGUGAAA